UUCGGGUAGUAGUUGUGGGUGAAAAGCCGUAAGAAAUAUGACAAUAGGGCGAUCUGGCAACGUCGCUCGGAGGCUCGGCUAUCGCAACCUCCGCGUGGACUCCUUCUUUCUCUUACAGGAGUGACCGGAGGAGGACGUGACGUGGAUUUCUCAAGAUGGCAACAACCUGUGCCAGGCCCCUGGUCGGGGUCCACGCGGAUGGAGCAUCAUCCGGAGUGAAUGUGUCACUGCCGGCCGUGUUCCGCGCCCCCAUCAGGCCUGACGUGGUCAACUUUGUCCACGACCAGAUGGCCAAGAACACCCGCCAGCCCUAUGCUGUCAACAAGGAUGCCGGUCACCAAACGUCUGCCGAGUCCUGGGGAACUGGCCGUGCCGUGGCUCGUAUCCCCCGUGUGCGUGGCGGCGGCACUCACCGCUCCGGCCAGGGUGCCUUUGGCAACAUGUGCCGUGGAGGUCGCAUGUUUGCCCCCACCAAGACCUGGCGAAGGUGGCACCGCAAGAUUGGGGUGAACCAGAAGCGUUACGCCAUGGUGUCCGCCAUCGCUGCCACAUCCAGCCCUGCCCUGGUCAUGUCCAAAGGACACAUGAUCCAGGAGGUCCCUGAGAUGCCCCUUGUGGUGUCCGAUAAGAUCCAGGAGCUGAGCAAGACCAAGGAGGCUGUGCUGAUGCUGAAGAAGCACCGCGCCUGGACUGACGUGCUCAAGGUGUACAAGAGCAAGAGGUUCCGCCCUGGCAAGGGUAAGAUGCGUAAUCGUCGUCGCAUCCAGCGUCGCGGCCCCCUCAUCAUCUAUAACAAGGACCAGGGCCUGACCCGGGCUUUCCGUAACAUUCCUGGCGUGGAUACCAUCUGCGUGGAGAAGCUCAACCUGCUGAAGCUUGCUCCCGGCGGACAUGUUGGCAGGUUCUGCAUCUGGACAGAGUCUGCUUUCCGUAAAUUGGAUUCCCUGUACGGCACCUGGCGUAAGGAGUCUCGCAGGAAGAAGAGUUACAACCUCCCCAUGCCCAAGAUGACCAACACUGACCUUGCUCGUAUUCUGAAAUCUGAAGAAAUCCAAGCUGUUUUGAGGGCUCCCAAGAAGACUGUGAUGCGCCGGCAGACUAAAAUCAACCCGCUUAGGAACCGCCACGCUUUGCUACAGCUCAACCCCUAUGCCAAGGUGGAGAAGAAGAGGGCCAAUAACGCGCAGAACAAGCGUAUUAAGGCCAAGGCUCAGCAGCUGGUUAAGCAAGCAGAGGCAAAGAAGUAAAUCUUCAUUGUUUAUGCUCCAGCAGCAAUUAAAUAAAACUAUUAGCAAA